AUGACCCAACCGAUCCAACAACCCUCCAACCUUCAUUUCCGCUCCGAAUCCAACACUCUCUCUCCGGCGGGUAAAGUCGGCCUCAUCCUUGGUUUAAUUGGGGUCACGUUGAUCGUCCUCCUUGUCAUAUUCACCGUGCUGCGCCUGAAACGCGGGCCCGUCAUCACGCUCAGCUCCUUCCUCCCACACCCCAGCAGGAAGUCCGCCUCUCUCCGGAAUCUCCCGUCCGGCGAUAUCGAGCGCGGGCUGCGCUCGCGCUCCAGAGCGACGACAGAUCGAAGCGGGUCCCGAGCCACGACUACUCGAACGACUCGGACGACCGAGAAAGACAGCCUCGUCGGUGGCCGCAACAGCCGACACCAGACGAGUUCGCCUGCGAAUUCUCACCGCAAGGCCACCGCCGCCGCAGCAGCAGCAGCAGCAGGCCACCCCUCCUCGCUGGACAAGGAGAUAGGGCUCGGUCGGAGCGCGGGCGGAGACGGCAGCAGCCGCGGCAGGGUGAAGGUGACGACGCGGGACUUCCACGCCGAUCCGCAGGGGCCAACGAGGCCGGUGAACACGAGCCGCGGCGUGAAUCACACGGUGGCGGUGACGAUGCCGGUGUCUGCGUAUGCGCGGCCGCACGAGCGCAUGAGAGACCCCCCGGUGCGCGUGCCGCCGAAUCCGGUCCUGAGCCCGCGCAUGCCGCCCAGCCCGGCGUUUAGUCGCUUGACGACGAGCACGCGGUCGUCGGCGGCGCUGCCGUCCGUUCGGUUCAUGCCUGGGAUGCGCAAGAGCGAGGAGGCUUGA